UGUUUUGAUUUUAGGAGUUCGCCAAAAACCUGAACAAGAGUUCUUUCUGGGUUAUGAAGUAAUUGGUUAAACCAUAUGAGAAAAAAAUAAUAAUAAAUAUGGUUGCCAUGUUUUCUUCAAUGUGAUUCAAAAUUUGAGGUUAGAAUUCAAGAAGUAUAUGUAAAUCCGAUGUUAUCAUGGUGAUGAUUGUGAAAUGGCAUACCGAGCAUAUGAUAUAUCCAAUGAAAUUUGAUACAGAAUCAGCAAUACCUAACUAAUUUUAAGGAUUUUGUAUCAUCCAACGUUGUUUUAACCUAGUAUUGGCAGCAGUAGCAACUGGAAAUGGAAGCCUCCAUGGUCAACUUUUCCAACGUUAUGUUCAAUGCUCAACCUCACAAUCUCUUCUCUCACCAUAUCAAUUCUCCUUUAACCAUCUCUCCCCUCCGGUUCCAAUCUCUACAAUCCCUUCAAUUUCCGGCCAAACGGAAUGCUCACUCCCAAAAGAACCGCAACUACGUCGUCUUCGAUGAUGGAAUCUUCGAAGACGACACCGUUUUCAUAAACGACAACAACAACCCCAAACCCAAAGCGGGUUCUGGGAAGAAAGUAGCGCCGAUUAAGCGCGAGAAUUUGGUUCCGGACAAGUGGAGAGAGGCUCAGGCAGAGACCAAAAUCACCAUUAACGAGAGGCGCAAGAAGAAGAAUCGAAGAGAGAUGGUUCCAUUCAGAGGUUCCGAGAAAAUUAGGUUCAACGGAACGGUGGAGACGAAGAGAAAGGAAAAUGGAAAAGUGUUGAGUCCCUACACGGAUGUGAAUUGGAACGAAUACAAGGCUUCUAAGAAGGAAAUAUUGAAAAAGCUGAAUCCUCUGGUUCUGAAAAACCCUUCUAGAUUUCCCGUCGAUGAGAAGGUUCCAGAACCUGACUUCAAUGGUGAGCGUGUAGAGCCUAAGAAUCCGAGAGGGGUUGUUCAGGGGAAGAAUUUGGAGGAUGUCUUACAGUUUUUCAAUAGUGGGAGCUACAACCCUCGUGCUAACACCACCCGUGAAGGUUGUCGGAAUUUGUUCGUUAUUAGUAAGGAGGAGAUGUUCUUGUUGAACAAGCGAAUGCCGGACUUGGCUACUGCUACUUCAGAUAAAUGGCUUCCUCUGCACACAUUUGCUGCAUGUGGAGAAUGCUUCCUUUUAGAUUCUUUGUUGAAGCAUAAUGUUGAUAUCAAUGCAGUCGAUAAGGAUGGUUUGACUGUCCUUCACAAGGCCAUUGGUAAAAAGCAGGCCAUAACCAACUAUCUUCUGAGAAACUCAGCUAAUCCUUUUGUACAGGAUAAAGAGGGGGCCACCUUGAUGCACUAUGCUGUACAAACAGGUUCUACCGAGACAAUUGAAUUACUCUUAUUCUAUAAUGUGGAUAUAAAUCUUCAGGACAAGGAUGGCUGGACACCAUUACAUCUUGCAGUUCAAACUCAGAAACCCAAUGUAGUGAGGCUUCUGCUGCUUAAAGGUGCAGAUAGGACAUUAAGAAACAAGGAUGGUUUAACUCCACUAGACCUUUGUCUUUACUCGGGUCAAAGUUUCCAAACAUAUGUGCUGAUUAAGUUGUUAAAGCAACCUCGAGAAUAUCUUUGACUUGUAUGACAAAUGGUGUCUCUCUACCCAUUUUGUCCUUGGUUAAAUCUAUUUGCCUUUUCAUGCUGAUCAAGUAAGAAGGACUUUAAUCACUUGUGUUUCCAUUAUUACUUUCUAUCAUUGAUUCUUGCGAUGUUGGAACUGAAUGGGUAAAUCAGUUGCUAGAGAUUAAGACUUCCAGUGAUGUGACUUAACGAGGCAAUCUCAUUUUGUUGUCCUUUUGUGUUCAAUUUCAACAGAUGCCAAAAGCAGUCAAUUGUGGUUGAAUUCCAUGCCAGGGACUUCAGCAGCUACUUUUGGAGACGCUAACUGCAGUGUAAAUAUGAAUCUGAUUGGUACUUGGUUUCGGUCAUGUUCUCUGCCUCUGCAAUCAUUCCUACCAUGGUUUUUGCCAAGCAUCAACCAUAGAUUUGUAGAUAGUGGAUUAUGUGCUAGACUUUAUGUACAUAUAGUUAUCUUUCUUUAAAGUAGCUUUAAAACUUUUUGAUGAUUAUGACUUAGACCUUAUGUACAUAUAAUUAUUUUUCUUUAAAGUAGCUUUCAAAAAUUCUGAUUUAGUUGACGUU